AUGUCCACAUUUCUCCAUCAAAGGCCACUUCACAGCCCCUCAUUUGAUUCUCGAGAGCUAUCGCCUCGAUCCCGCCACCAGAAGCCCUCCGCCUCUCUCCUCAGCCGCGUCCCCGCCGCCCUCGUCCUCCUCCUCUCCCUUCUAAUACUCCUCGGCGUGCUUUUCCCCUACCUGUGGUCCCCCAAUUCCCUGAUUUCGCUCACUUUCUGGAAUUCCGAUCCCAAGUGGCGGACGUAUACUCUCCCUGAUGCGGCCGCUUAUGUGGCGAAGAACAACACGCUGAUCGUGUGUGCCGUGAGCGAGGCUUACUUGCCGUUUCUGAACAACUGGCUGAUCAGCAUCGCGCGUCAGAAGCAGCAGGACAAGGUUUUGGUGAUUGCAGAGGAUUACGCCACGCUUGAUAAGGUGAACGAGCGGUGGCCGGGUCACGCGGUCUUGGUGCCUCCUGCUCUGGAAGCGGCCGCAGCUCAUAAGUUUGGGUCUCAGGGUUUCUUCAAUUUUACAGCCAGAAGGCCUCGUCAUCUCCUGCAAAUUCUGGAGCUAGGCUAUAAUGUUAUGUACAAUGAUGUAGAUAUGGUCUGGUUGGCAGAUCCCUUUCCUUAUCUGGAAGGCGAGCACGAUGUAUAUUUCACUGAUGACAUGGCUUAUGUAAAACCUCUUGAUCAUUCUCACGAGUUGCCGCCUCCAGGAAAAAAGGGGCGUACAUACAUUUGUAGCUGCAUGAUUUAUUUGCGUCCCACCUAUGGAGCAAAAUUACUUAUGAACAAGUGGAUUGAAGAACUGCAGGCCCAACCUUGGUCAAGAGCAAAGAAAGCCAACGACCAGCCUGCAUUUAAUUGGGCAUUGAAUAAAACUGCUGGACAGGUGGACGUGUACCUUCUACCUCAAAAGGCAUUCCCCACAGGUGGUUUAUACUUCAAGAACAAAACAUGGGUAAAGGAAACCCAGGGCAUGCAAGUUAUCAUUCACAAUAACUACAUAAUUGGUUUUGAAAAAAAGACUAAGAGAUUUCGCGAGUAUGGUCUCUGGUUGGCGGAUGAUUAUGCCUCUGAGUCCCCACUCGGCCGAUUGUAA